GCAAACGCGAGGAGCGAGGCAGAAAAUAGAGAGAAGCGAGUGUUUGAAAGAAAGGAGAGAGAUAGGGAGAAAAAAGAGAGAAGGAGAGAGGGAGGGAGGAAAAUACCAGGCUGCAGCCCCAUCUCCGCGGCGCGCGCUCCACCGGAUUUAUCUUUAUUUUUGUGGGAUCGCCUCUUGGUUUCUCCUACACAUCUCAUCCUCUGUUUUGUCAUUUUGUCUCUCUGUGCGUCUGGAAUAGCUGCUAAUCCUCUCGUUUCUGCUCGCUGAAUGUGCGGGCAGUCAUCAGCGCUUAUUCCGCUUUGCUUCGCCUCUCAUCCCCCUCGGAGGAGUUCACAUUGUGCGUCCAAGUGACCAGACGAGCCUCUACAAACUUACCCGGGCACUGGGCUCUGGCUCUGCAUCGCGCCAGCCACAUUUAAGGAUGAUUUAAGACUCUCUGUGCCAACAUGGUGCCAUUUUGGAGAUAAAGCGUUUAUUGUGUGUUUUUCAUGAUAGUUUUAGUCAUGUCAGGUAGAGCUGUCACCCGUGGAUCUUGUGCGUAAACACGUCAGAACUCGCAGCUUUUGACGUCUCGCCUGUCACUUAUUCCGCUAAUUGGAUUAUUGUGAUCUUGAACUUAGAGGCUGCAGGUUGCGCUCUCCUGAAGCCCGCCUCCCCGCUGCCCCCUCCUCCCCGUGGAAGAAGUUAUGUCAAGGCCUCUCACGCAGCUCCUGCCUCCGGAUCUCCCUGCAGGGGCCACCAGUCCCCAGUUUGGGGCCAGUAACCCCGCCAUAAGUGGCCCCCAAGGAAGUCACCUGACCUCUAUGACCAACCUCAAGUCUCUGCUGCAGCUGCCAAUCAAAGCCGACUCCAGAGCACCCAAGGACUGCUGCGAAAUGAAAGACAAAGACAAGCCCCUGGACUCCGACGAGGACUCCCUCGGUGUGGGUGGAGCAGGUGGUCCUGGAGGAGUGGGUGGGGGUCUGGGGUCUGGCUCUCUGCGCGCCUCCUCUCAGAGUGCCUUCCUGGGCCCCCUGCUGUGGGAGCGGACCCUGCCCUGUGAUGGAGGCCUGUUCCAGCUGCAGUACAUGGACCUGGAGGAGUUCCUGACGGAGAACGGGAUGGGCAUGCACAACAACGGCCCCAGCUCGGCCAGCGCCCAGAUCCCCUCUCAGAGUUCCCAGUCGGCCGUUCCCAGUCAGAGCUCACAGUGCCCCCCCUCCUCCCCUCCGCCCUGCUCCUCCUCUUCCUCCAUGUCCUCCUCCUCUUCAUCCUCCUCUCUUCUGGGACUGGAGACCGUUCAACCACAGCAGCAAAGCAUGAUGGGAGGGCCUGAGUGUCUACACGGAGGCCAGUCGGUGCCGCAGGACCCCUCUCCCUCCACCACCUGCCCCCCCGGCCCCCCCACCCCAGCAGGGACCAACGGCAGCUCCGACAUCAUGGUGAACUUCGACCCCGACCCCGCCGACCUGGCCCUGUCCAGCGUCCCGGGACAGGACGCGUUCGACCCGCGCCGGCACCGCUUCUCCGACGAAGAGCUCAAACCGCAGCCCAUGAUCAAGAAGGCACGCAAGAUGCUAGUGCCCGACGAGCAGAAGGACGAGAAAUACUGGAGUCGCCGUGUCAAAAACAACGAAGCCGCCAAGAGGUCCAGGGACGCGCGGCGACUGAAGGAAAACCAGAUCUCCGUCCGGGCGGCGUUCCUGGAGAGGGAGAACGCCGCGCUACGCCAGGAGGUCGCCGACAUGCGGAAGGAGCUGGGGCGCUGUCGGAACAUCAUCAACAAAUACGAGAGUCGCCACGGAGACUUGUGAGGAGGCCGGCGGAACGAGACGGCGGAAAAAAGAUCUUCGGAGUUUUUUUCGGAUAGAGAUAUAGGGUACAAAGGCAACCCGCUUACAACUGCACUUUAGAUGGAAGUUGGAGAAGAGGGGAGAGAUGUAGAUUUGUGAUAAGCUCUGUGCCACACCGGAUUUAAACGUCGAUUAUUUUUGGGGUGGAUUUUUUUAGCAAGCCAAUCACCAGCAACACGUUUUAAGCUACUCUCUGCAUACAUGGAAUUACACGAUGUACACAACUUUACAUUUUUUACAGCGUCAAAUAUAUGCGAGUUUAUUUGUGGUGGGAAUUGUAGUUCGCUAAAAUGCAAAACUACAAAACGUCGGACGCUAUAACGGUCUGUCAAGUUACGGCUAAAUGCAGUAGAUCAGUUAUUAUUAUUGAUUGCGGUUGAAAGUAAAUAUGGUUAAAAUACAUAAAAAUACAAGUACAUAUGGGGGAAGAACUUUAACUGUUACUUGAGUAAAAGUUUUAAUAUAUAUCGGUUUCAUUUUCAUGUUUAUAGGCACCAUUUUGAGGACGUUUGACCAAACAAAAACAGUCCGAUAAUUUAUUUUAAACCGUGAAGUCUUAAAUUUGAAUCAUUCUGACUCUCGUGGAUUGAAUUCAUUGGAUUAAAUCAUGACCACCAUCUUGAAAUAUGAGUUUUAGCAGUAAUACUUUGAUACAAAUGCUAAAAAAAUGCAAGAAAAUGGUGCGUAUUUUGAAAUUAUAGACUUUACCACUUCAAGUUACGUGCGUUCUAUAUUCACGUUUUUAUUUAUUUGGACCUUGGGAUGAAAAAAAUAAACUAUACAGGUGAAAGGCAGGAUCGUUUUUAUGGAUUAAACGAACUACACCACAAAACAUUGUACAUUAAAUCAGCUUUUCUGAACAACUUGAACGUUUUAACACCAGUUUCUCUGUAAAUACUUCUUACUGAACACUUGCUCCAUGUAUGAGUGCUCUGUACGUUGCUGGAGUUGUAUUGCUUUGUCAUUUUAGACUUGCUGGUCAAUUCACAUGUACUGUAUCACCGUAUCGUCCCGCCCUAGCCCCGCCCCCCCCUCGUGGAUCCGCCCCGCCCGCGCUUACGUCCGGUGUGGCUCGGGGUUUGUACAAGUAGUGCGUCUCUCGCCUCUCAGCUUUGACCUCUUCUAUACACAGUGUUGAACUCACAAUACAAAACCCAACGGAAGAAAAACAACUUCACUUUUUAGAGCUUUUCAAAGGCAUGGACACAAGUGGUUCAAAUGUGUAAUUAUUUUCUAUAAAUAGGACACAAUACUGAUAUAACGUGUAUAUUUUUCGAUCUGGGUCGAUGAGAAGGUGGGGCUAGUCCAGGAAAACGCAGGAAGAAGUGGUUGCAGGGAUUUCGUCCAUAGAGAUUUUGACAUAGGAUUAUUAAUGUAUAUUUUUCUAAUAGCAGAGAUAGCCGCAAGAGGAGGAAUUUGGAGAUAAUCUUUUGUAUAUUUUCUAUAUGGGGAGGGGAGGGGCUGUGAGCUGUGCGGUCACGGGGCCAUGCGUAAAUAAUUUCCUCUCCCAGCUUUUAACCGCUUAAAGUGCAUAUGGCAGGUUAGACGACUCAGUUCAUCAAAUUUUUAACAUUAUAGUUACGAU